UAGGAGAUAAUCCUUGUUCUUUACAACUACCUCCUUAGUAUUAAUCCAUCUUAUAUACUCUCUCUUUUUUAUUUUCUUGAACAAUUAACUAUAUAUUAUCUAUGGCUGAUCAUCAGAUUAAUGUUAAUGGAAAUAUUAAUCAUGGAGUAAGUUUAAAUAUUAAAGAAGAUCAUGAUUUGAAUAAUCACAAGGAGUCUUCUUCAACCUCAAGUUUUCUUACUGUUCCUUUUAUUCAAAAGGUGAUAGCAGAAAUGAUAGGAACAUAUUUCUUGAUAUUUGCUGGAUGUGGAUCAGUAGUGGUAAAUGCAGAUAAAGGGAUGAUAACAUUUCCAGGAGUAGCCAUAACUUGGGGCCUUGUUGUAAUGGUUAUGGUUUACUCUGUUGGCCAUAUAUCUGGUGCACAUUUUAAUCCUUCUGUCACUAUUGCAUUUGCCUCUGUCAAAAGGUUCCCUUGGAAACAGGUACCAGCUUAUGUAGCAGCUCAAGUUCUUGGAGCAACCCUAGCAAGUGGAACUUUACGAUUAAUAUUCAACGGAAAACACGAUCACUUCGCCGGAACCCUACCGUCCGGCACCGACUUUCAAUCCUUCGUCAUUGAAUUUAUAAUUACUUUUUAUCUCAUGUUCGUCAUAUCUGGUGUUGCAACCGAUAAUCGAGCUAUUGGAGAACUUGCUGGUCUUGCUGUGGGGGCAACAAUUUUGCUUAAUGUGAUGUUUACAGGACCGAUAUCGGGUGCAUCAAUGAAUCCAGCAAGGAGUUUGGGCCCAGCAAUAGUGUCAAGCCAUUACAAAGGCCUAUGGAUUUAUUUGGUUAGCCCAACACUUGGGGCCAUUGCUGGUGCUUGGGUUUACAAUAUAAUCAGAUUUACUGACAAACCUUUGCGUGAAAUAACCAAAAGUGGAUCUUUUCUCAAGUCCAAAAAUUCUAGUACUUAAAAAAGCGGACAUAUUUGCAAAAACUAGUAAUAAUGGUCAAUGGAUGAUGAAAGUGGUUACUUUUGCAAUACAUAAAGGGAAAAGGUUAUAAAGUGGUUACUUUUGUAAAACACAAAAGAAAAAAAGCUAUGUAUUUUGUAAUACAAUAAAUGAAGUAAAUCUAUGUUUUCUUUUUUAGAAAA